GUAAACGAUUAUAGAAUGAAAACUGCGAAACCGCACCGCGCGCAUUUCGUUCGCCAGUUCCAGUUAAGGAUUCAGCGCAUGCGCAUGUGUUUGAUUUUUCAAUUAAAUUGAUUUGGAAGAAAAGCGAGAUUUCAAACUUUAGGUGAUGGGAACAGAUAUGUGCAGGAUACACCUGCCGAAAGUAAAGCAAUUGCUUACAAGUUUUGAAAGGGAACCUAAAGAAAUUCGGGGAAGGGAAAUAAAACUGUGGUUCUUGACCGGAGAAGAAAUAUUCAAAACUCUAUUCGCAGUGGGUCAGAGUGUUGAAUGGCGCUACCCAACAAUUAAAGAUCAUAGUGACGUAUCUGACAUCUGUUCUAAGGUAACAGCCAAUAAAGUCUGGCUUGAAUCUUUUAUUAGUCUUUACCCGAACUUUCGCAUCAACUUGGAUUUAACCUGCUCAGCAGACGAUAUUUGCAAAGUACGUUCCGGAAUAGAUGUGCUAAUAAAAGGAUUUUCUAGCAUCAGUCCACAAUUUGACAAAGUGUUAGAAAACAUUAACGAAGAAGUUGUGGAAUUCGACAGGUGCCUAAAGAUUUGGGUGGAAACUGGACAUCGCCCUGACUUUCGGAAUAAACCUACCGGUUUGCAUCAAGAUCAUUGGUGGUGGUUUUAAUCUAUUUGAAUGAUAGAAUAAUUGUGAUAUAAAAUGGAGGUAGAUGAAGAUAAAUGGGUUGAAAAGGCUUUAGAAAAUGUUAAAAAAUAUCUUAACAGAGGUGGAGAUCUCCAAGGCGAUAUUCCACAGUUUCUAGGAGGGUCAGAGCUACUUAACACCAUAGGUAUGGCUAUGGGUUUGCCUAUUUGCAAUCCAUCAGAUUGGUCUCAGUAUGAAUUAGAGCAAGCACUUAGCGGGCAACUAGUUUUCUUCAAAGGAAAAUCCUUAGAAGCUAUCAACGCCGUUGCUGAAACAAUCCGUAAUUGUUGCGACGGAGAUGAUAAAAAUUAUGUUACCGUAUUACCUAUUGAACUGUAUUUCAAAGGAAAAUUAUAUGAACUACCCAUAUUCAGAGUUCACAGAUAUCGUGAGUCCAAAAAGUACUAUGUUGACAAUACUGGUAGGUACUAUGACAGCGUCAGUGAUUGGUACGAUAACAACAAAUUGCCUCCUUGUAGAAUGGGGUAUCCAGCUGAUCUAACACUGAAACUCCGACCUGGAUACACAUAUCCUCAUGUCCUCCUAGCGGACACUCCACCAGCAAGAGUAGGACCUAAGACAGCGAGAGUUGUUGAUACUGUCAGUGCAGUUGCCGGUAUUUCUUCCGGCGUGGGUCUGUUAUUUGCAUCAGGUGGUUUAGCAGCUCCUUUUGUAGUAGCUGGAGUAGCUAGCGCAGUUUGGGGUUCCGCCCGAGCAUCCAAUACACUAUAUGAUAGAGCCAGCCAUGGAGAAUCUGUUAACCCUUUCACUAAUUCAGAAUCAAGAAUGUUAUGGUUAGGUAUUGCCGCCAAUAUAGCUAGUUUUGGUGCUAUGGGCGCUACAAUGAGACUGACAUCACUGGCGGCGCGCGGCAGAGAUGUAUCAAGUGCUUUAAGAAUUUUCACAAAUAUUGCUAAUGGGACAACCCUAACACUAAGCACGUUAGCAAUUAUAAAUAAUAGCCUUUAUUUAAUACAGCAUUAUGAUGAGUUGUCAUCCAUCGAUGUUCUUAUGCAUUUAGCUUCUAUCGCUUUUUGGACAAAAGGUGUGUUUACAUACAAAACAGCAGGUACCUUAAUCAGAGAAGCAGAAAUACAGGCCUUUAACAAUAUUAACAAGGAACUGAGUCCUGAAGUGCAACGGGAAUUAAAUGAAGUGAGAGGCAGAGUCCAGAACGAUGCCAGUCUUCUUCGUCAGUUUAUUGCCGCUUCUCAAUCCCAAGUAUCAAUUCAAGAAUACUCCCAAGUUUUAAUUGAUGGCAUGCGUUAUUACGAUACUGUAAGUAAUAUGAGCCCAGAACAAAUAGAAGCGUUCGCCAGUUUGCGAAAUGUUUUAAGUGAUGAUAUGCACCUCAUUAGGGGUCUUCAAAGAGUAUCUGAAGCGACCAAUUUAAAUAGACAGGGCACAGUCGAGCUGGUUUUGGAUAUGUGGCAACGAUAUGCAGACACUAAUUUUGGCAGAACAGGCGACAUUACUUUGAGGGGAGGUAAUCUUGUCUUGGGUAGUGCUCCACCAAUUCAAAUUAAUCAAAUGCCAGAUUUAUCAGUUUCUAUGAUCCGUUUUUUCGGCGAGCAUUUAAGCAAAAUUGAUGGCACUACUACCAGUAAUUGGUCUGUUCCUGAUUUGUUAACACUUCAGAGCCGAGGUUUAUUUACUACUUGCCAAGCCACAGGUAUAUGCAGAACUGGACAUUCGACUAUAUCUUUAAAUGGUAAAUUGGAAAUAAGUAUUAAGAAAUUGCUGAGUUUGAAACCUGCUACUUGUGAGCAAUUGUUUGGUAUGAUAUCUCGAUUAACGGAUAAUCAGUGCAGCGCUGUAAAUCGUCUACCUGCAGAUGUGGUUAGAUUAUGCGUCCGCGAACUCAGGUUACGGUUUGAGGUUCACAGAAGAGAAAGUGUCGAAUGGGCCACCAGAUGCGUAAGCAGUGAAGUUAGUUUACGUAAUAUUGUGCAGGGCGAUCUGAUGCCACACGAAAGGGAUCGACUUUAUACAUUUAGAGCGGACGUGGACAUGGUGAAAGCUGAUCUAUACAUGAGCGACUUAGUGAAGUUUGUCGCUGAACAGAACCCAAGAAAUGUAAGUGAAUUGGUCGCUUACAGCGAAUUUGUAAUGACGUACAUCGAAGAACUAUCGGGAAAUAUCCUUGACGACCUUAAUAAUGGUAGAAGACAGCUUCCAGCUCAAAAGAAAAAGAAAGUUUGGAUACGAGAACAAGCCGCCCGUGAAGCAUUUGAAGACACGAGCGCCAUGACGCAGAAGUUAAAUGAUUUACUCAACACAGUGUCAAAUAACGACAUGGUCGGUGUUCAGACGGUCGGAAGUGGCCUAUCAGAUACAGAAUUGGUGGCAGCAAUCCGUUCAAAUAGAAUAAGGUUUGGUGGACGGAUAUCUGCUGCUUAUCACAUCUAUAAACAUAGUACGGAUCCAGUAUCAGCAUAUGUGGACCAGGCCAAUAGCACCAUACGUUCAUCCGCCGAUCAGUAUACGGUGACUAUAGGGCAAGAAGGCAACACCAGGCUAAUUUCGUUUGCAGAUGAUAACGGCAGCUGUAUUGUACUCGAAAGCAAUGGUCGCGUUUUACUCUGUAGCUUUAGAGCUACUGGCAGACAAUAAAACAAAUGCCCAGAGUUGACGCGGGAGAAGAAUAUAUAUACCUAUAACUUAACCUACUUUUGUAACAUAAAGCAAUUUCGCGUGACAUGUAAUUGGCCAUUUACAUCCUUGUCUAUGUCCAAACAUGUUUUUAUAAAACAAUGCUGUGCUUAUUUUAUCAAAAAGGAUUAGAUUUUGCAAAGCUUAUUAUGUACGCAUUUUUGUAUGAUUUUUUUUACUUUUCUUGUUUGUACUCCAUAUUGUUAGUAGGCAGGCAUUUAACGCAUUUAAUCGCACUUUAAUAAUUCUACUCUGUAACUGUAGGAUUACAUGUAAUAAAGUAUCGCUUGUAUAUCUAA